AUGAUCAAGCCUGCCCUCUUCCGAUUGUUGCAGCUCUGUGCGUAUGGCUUGACACUUGGCAUCACACUCUGCAUCGCGCUUGGUGCAACUUGGGAUGGAGUGAGCCCCUGUUCGCCUUGUUAUCACUGCUACAAGUGUGGAGACAUCUUGAACAGCAGCUGCAAGGCGUGGAAUGCUUGGGAAGACUCUUGGGACUUUGAUUUGUGGCCCCUGGUUUGGAUGGGAAGCUCUGCUUUAGUGAUCAUGCUAUUGCCAUGGAUAUGGCAGCCUGCUGCCCAGUUUCUUGGUGCAUGUAUGCAUGUGAUAAACCUACUGUGGCUCGUGAUGCUUGCGGCUCCAUUGUCAUGGCGGCAACGGACAGAUGUUGAUAGCUGUCAUAAGGCAUACCCACUUGCUUACAUUGGUAGUGCAACUGGCAGGAUGUGCGGGAUUAACUUGUGUUUGCUCCUGAUCUCUGCUGGCCGUUCCUCAGCAUGGCUGCGGAAAUUCGGCACAGCCUUCACCGAGGGGAUAUCCAUCCAUCGUAUUGCAGGUUGGUGGUGUGUGGCUCAUGCCACUUUGCACUCUGCGGCGUUUGUGCUGUACUACUGGUUUGAGGGUGGAUGGUUUCAUGUAUUUCAGCAUCUUGUGCCAGUUAACACUGGAGCACAACCGAACUUCUCCGGCAUGAUGAAUUUCUAUGGUGCUCUGAGCAUGAUCGCUGGCCUUGUUCUGGCAAUGUUCUCUACCCCCUAUGUUCGUCGGCGGAUGUACGGCAUGUUUUAUAGCAUCCAUCUGAUUACAUCAGUGGCCUUCAUCGUGUUCGGCGCUUUACACGACUUUGGCAUUCUGUUGUACACGCUGCCAGCUUGCUCUUAUAUCAUUGAGCGGGUGCAUGCCAAAUAUAGGCGCACCACUUGCAGAGCUCAGGUGGAACUUCUGUCUCCGAUGUUGGUGAAACUCUCUUUGGGCUCGAGUGCUCAGCCUGUACUCGCUCCUGGUACACGGUGGCUGUAUAUAAAAAUCCCAUGCAUUGGGCGCGAGUGGCACCCUUUCAGCAUCACAAGGACUGCUGAUUCUGUCGUCAUGCACAUCAAGUCCGCUGGCGAUUGGUCCAAGAGGUUGUGCACACUUGCCCAGAGCAGUAAUGAAGUUGACCUGCUGGCUGAUGGACCUUACGGUAUGGCAGAAGUGCCCCGGCGCAUGGUUGAGAUUCUUCAGAGAGGCAGUUGCCUUCCUGGCGGUCCUCCAUCCGGAUCUCUCUUGCUCAUUGCCGGAGGAGUCGGUAUUGUGCCCUUUGCAGAUCUUCUUGAUAGCCGCUUGGGAAUGUGGAGCGCUGUGACCAUCAUCUGGGCAGUGCGAAGCGAGAGUGAGUUCGAUGCCUUAGAUCGCUCGCUGGGCGUCAGGGGCAAGGCCCGCGGACGUCUCCAACUUCAGGUCUACAUCACGCAGCCUGCCACGAGCGGUCCACUCCGCUCGCAGCCACUGCUUGGAGGAAGGUCGGGUCCACUCCAUUUGGAAAGUGGUGAAGACCCCGCAUCCCAAAUGCAGAUCAGUGCAGAGAGCGAUCCGAAUCAAGGGAUGCGCUUCCAAUUGGCUUUGAAGUCUCAGCUUCUGACAGGACUGCUACCUGGGCUCGUCUUGCUCUUAACGCUGGAAGUCUACGACAACGUCAUUCUGGACUGGGUUGAUCGGCAGCCAUGGCGAGACAACCCAUUCCUUGAGAGACUCGUCGUCCACGGCGGCAUCAUCGUGCUGGCAUAUGCUAUGCUUGGGGCAUCGGCCAUGCUCCUGGCCGCCUUCAUCUAUGCGUUUUGGGGUGCUGCAGGUCGUGCUCGAAGUUGUUUCUCAAGAAAGGUCAACCUUCUCCAAGAUGAUGAGAGCACGGCGCCCCUGCGAGAUCCACAUGUGGUACCUGCUGCAUCCCAAGAGUUUUUGAUAAAAGAAGGGCGCCCUGAUCUCCAUGGCAUGGUCGGUCAGCUGGCACAGCAAGCCACAACUCUCUCAGUUCAUGCCUGUGGUCCCAGCCCACUGUUAGAUGCCGUACGCAAGUCGGUGUCCUGUGCGCGCGCCGCGGGGCGCAAAGUCACAUUGCAGAUCGAGCAGGCUGAGUGGUAA